UUAAGAGACAACACUACCUACCUUCUUCCACCUCAAAGACGAGUCGUAUUCUGAGAUUUCAAGGACCCCCCAAUAGUCCUCUUUCUUCUUCUGAUACUCUUUCGAAUCAGAACGGCUCAUACAGGUAUAGAAAUUGUUCUCUCUCUCUCUCUCAUAUAUACUUCUUGUAUUUAUUUGAAAUGCGGGGAAGCCUGCGAUUUUUCUCGGUGGUGGAGCCGAUUGGAAAAUCGCCGGCGAUUUGAUGGAAUUGUUGUUGUUGCUGAACACAUUGUUUGAUGGAGUUAAAGAUUCUGUGUGGUCGAUGUGUUGUUUCUCCGAAAGCCAGGUUGUUUCGAACCAAUCUUCGAUUCGCCGUUGUUGUUUUUGAGAUUGUAUCGAUAUUGGUAUGGCUGGAAGCUGUUUAUUCAAAACCUCAAGAACACCAAUUGAGGCAAGGCAAGGAAAAUGGUGGCGAGAACAUUAUAUCACAUUCCUGCAUUCACGAUGAGAUACUUGAACGAAGGAGGCGACCAGGUCGCAAGGUGUAUUAUGUUAGCCCACAGGUUUAUGGGGGUUUUGGUAUGUCAAAACCCAUUCAUCGGAAGGGAAGGGCAUUGCUUGGACUUUCCGAAAUUCCAGAGCAACAAAAUGGAGAUAAGCAACCUAUUAGAAUUUAUUUAAAUUAUGAUGCUGUUGGUCUCUCACCAGAUAGAGACUGUCAAAAUGUCGGGGAAAUAGUUAAGCUUGGUGAGCCCCUUCUGAAUCCUGGUCGCGGUGUUCCAUGUUGCAAUCCUCAUGUUGAUCCUCCAAUUUUGGGUGACUGCUGGUAUAACUGCACUUUGGAUGAUAUAUCUGGGUCUGACAAAAGACAUCGCCUUCGAAAGGCUCUAGGGCAGACAGCAGACUGGUUCAGAAGAGCAUUAGCUGUUGAUCCUGUGAAAGGGAACUUGCGGUUGAGUGGAUAUUCUGCAUGUGGACAAGAUGGGGGUGUACAACUUCCACGGGAAUACGUAGAAGAUGGAGUUGCUGAUGCAGACUUAGUUCUUCUGGUAACUGCAAGACCUACAACAGGAAACACCCUAGCAUGGGCUGUGGCGUGUGAGCGUGAUCAAUGGGGUCGUGCGAUAGCUGGACAUGUGAAUGUUGCUCCUCGCCAUUUGACCGCUGAAGCAGAAACCUUACUUUCAGCUACACUCGUACAUGAGGUUAUGCAUGUUCUUGGAUUUGAUCCCCAUGCUUUUGCUCAUUUUCGGGAUGAGAGGAAAAGAAGGCGUAACCAGGUUACCGAGCAAGUCAUAGAUGAAAAGCUUGGACGGAUGGUUACACGUGUUGUGCUUCCCCGUGUUGUUAUGCAUUCACGCUGUCAUUAUGGGGCAUUCUCUGAGAAUUUCACUGGUUUGGAGCUAGAAGAUGGAGGUGGGCGUGGUACAUCAGGAUCCCACUGGGAGAAAAGGCUUCUGAUGAAUGAGAUCAUGACAGGCUCAGUGGAUACACGAUCAGUGGUUUCAAAAAUGACAUUGGCCUUAUUAGAGGAUAGUGGAUGGUAUCAGGCUAAUUAUAGCAUGGCCGGCCAUCUUGACUGGGGCCGCAACCAAGGAGCUGAAUUUGUUACCUUCCCUUGCAAUCUUUGGAAGGGGGCAUACCAUUGCAACAUGACACAGUUAUCUGGGUGCACAUAUAACAGGGAGGCAGAGGGUUACUGUCCGAUCGUAAAUUAUAGCGGAGACCUUCCUCAGUGGGCUCGUUAUUUUCCACAGGCUAACAAAGGUGGGCAGUCAUCAUUAGCUGAUUAUUGCACUUAUUAUGUAGCUUAUUCUGAUGGAUCAUGUACGGACACAAAUAGUGCUCGGGCACCUGACAGAAUUUUGGGUGAGGUGAGAGGAAGUAGCUCGAGGUGUAUGGCCUCAUCAUUAGUACGAACUGGGUUUGUAAGGGGUUCUAUGAUCCAAGGAAAUGGUUGUUAUCAGCACAGGUGUAUAAAUAACUCACUAGAGGUUGCUGUGGAUGGUAUUUGGAAAGUAUGUCCUGAAGCUGGUGGAGCAGUUCACUUUCCUGGGUUCAGUGGUGAGCUGAUUUGCCCAGCUAAUCAUGAACUAUGCAGCAUGGACCCAAUCCCUGUAUCUGGGCAAUGUCCCAAUUUGUGUCACUACAAUGGAGACUGUGUUGAUGGAAGCUGCCACUGCUUUCUAGGGUUCCAUGGCCAUGAUUGUAGUAGACGCUACUGCCCUAGCAAUUGUAAUGGACAUGGCCAGUGCCUUCAAAAUGGUGUCUGCGAAUGUGAAAAUGGAUACACUGGCAUUGACUGCUCUACAGCUGUCUGUGAUGAACAAUGCAGCCUUCAUGGAGGGGUCUGUGAUAAUGGAGUAUGUGAGUUCCGUUGUUCGGACUAUGCUGGCUACACAUGCCAGAACAGCUCCAUGAUGGUCUCUAGUCUAUCCGUUUGCAAAAAUGUGCUAGAGAAUGAUGGACCUGGACAACAUUGUGCACCAAGCGAAUCAAGUAUAUUGCAGCAGCUAGAAGUUGUUGUUGUGAUGCCCAACUAUAACAGAUUGUUCCCAAUUGGCACUUCUUGGAGGAGGUUUCCUUUUUUUAAAAGCAGCUACUGUGAUGCAGCUGCUAAGCAGCUAGCCUGUUGGAUAUCAAUUCAAAAAUGUGACGAGGAUGGUGACAACAGGCUUCGUGUGUGCCAUUCAGCAUGCCAGUUGUAUAACUUAGCAUGUGGAGCAUCGCUUGACUGCUCAGACCAAACCCUGUUUAGCAAUGAGGAUGAGGGUGGAGGUGGUCAGUGCACGGGCUCUAAUGAGCUUCCAUUGCCAUGGUAUAACCGCUUGUGGAUCAGGUUUUUCAAGUAACAAUUCCUGAAGAGGAAUUCUGUAAAUUGUAGGCAGCUUCAAUUUUCUCCUCCGCCCUUUUCGGUUUGUAAUUUUUUUUUUUCUAAUUUUUUAUUUUUAAAUAGAUUUUCUACAUAGGAAAAUGGCACGUGCAUUAGAAGUAGGGUUUUCGUUUUCCCAUCCCAAAGGUCAUUUUAAAAAAGAUUGGGUGGGAACGGUUAUUGAGAUUGACUUUCACAAAUGAAAGUCAGAUGCAGAGAAAUUGUGUCUGGAAAAUGGGGGGAAAAAAAGAAAAAGAAGAGUGGUUUGUGGAGAUGAGCAGAACAAACGAGGUUAUGAUUGUUAAUGCUUUUGUUCAUUCUCGUCAUUAUUCAUAUGAUAUCUUCCACAACUGGUUUUCAUUGGGCCCUUGAAUUAUUAAUUUUAAGAUUUAAUGAAAUCAGGUUUGCUUA